AUGCAAGAUAGUGACGAUUUUUUUGAUGAUCUCGAUCUAGAUGAGGAACCAGUGCCUAAAGAUCGAUCAACUUUCCAAGUACCCCAAGUAGCUCCACUCUCUCAGAGACUCUCUGAUGGUUUACUUAGGUUCAGUCAAAGGACUCAGAGAGGAAGUAUCGCACCUUCUAACUCUAAUUCUGAAAACAUAGAAUCACGCAAUAAACUGGAGGAAUUCUUGAAGACAAAGAAAGUCUUCGUCAAACAAGAUGAAAAUUAUAAAUGUUUAUUUCAUUACUUAGGCGAAGCGGGUAAUACUUCUGUUCUCAUCACAGAAUUCAACAAGGCAUUCAAAAAUCGAGAACUCAAGAAUGAACUAUUAGAAGUACUUGAAAACGUAACAAAAGAAGAAAAUCAUUUGAAGUUGUAUUUAUCACCCAUUAUGACGAAUAACGGAGAACAAGAAACAAUCUUUCGAUGUUUCCUUCUUUGCGAAACUAUUCAAACCAAAAUUGUUGAGAUAUUGAUGAACAAUGCUGAACUGUUCGCUACCAAGCCCACCUCUCAAAGCGGACAACUAGCGGCUGCAUGUGUACAACAGAUUCGGUAUCUGGAAAAUAUAUAUGAUGCCGAUGCUUUCGUAGCUCCAAUCUUUGAGAAAGAAAUCGAAAAGUGGUUGCCGGAGCCGCGAGAUACGUUCAUCGAAUGCUUGCCUGAGGUGCUAGUGGAUCCUAUGAUUCAUGGUAAUGCAGCUCAACAACUUUUGGAUUUUAUUCUUACGGAGGACAUACGUGAAGCUGCAUCAUUCCAAUCAGCUAUACUGAACACUUUUUGUCUUCUCCGAAUUCCCGAGAAAAUAGCAUCCCAGAUUAGAACUAGUCUUUGUCGUAAUAUCAUGAAGUUUGACGUCAUUAAUCUGCCCGAAGUAAUUCGUUUUUGUAUUCAAACUUUGUCAGGAUCAUCUUCGUUCAGCACUCUUCUAAAAAACGUCGAUGAUCAUUUAAAAAUUGAAGAGUUAAGGAAGAGUAGAUCAAGCAAAACACGGCUAACUCUGGACGAUAUACUCAUAAAUAUGUUUAACGUGAUUUGCCGUUAUGUGCAGUUAGAAGGAGUUCGGGGAUGGAGAGAGAUAUCAUCAUUCAUAAGAAGUUUUGAAGGUUCUGAUGAAGAUGACUCCGAGCCCACAAGCAGCAACGGUGAAUCGACAUCUGGAAAAUCGUCUUUUUCCGUUUUCCAAAUGAUGCUUGCAUUGGCUUUGCGUUCAAUGGAAGGAUGUCCAAAUGCUGUUCUCAAUCAUUUUACGAAUCAGAGUAACAACUCUCAGUUAAAAAAAAUGAUUGAUGUUUGUAAUGCAGCCAUGGCAUUCAAAAAGUUUAAUUUGAAAUUUCUUACAUCUUGGAUGACAGUUGCAAAGAGUUGCCUUUACUCACCACUGAAAGAAGUGCGGAACUUCGGAGGGUUUAUUUAUCGUAAGCUGUUUUCAUCAAUCGAAAAAAACCGUCAUAUCAUAAUAAACUCGAUGAUGGACCAUCUUUCUGUUUCUGAGAAUGAAGCAGAAACUAUUUUAACCUCUUUCGAUCUUUUGGUUCAAACGAACAUUGAAGAUGUCUUGCCCUUCGUACCCGACCUUUACAAAACCUUUGAGAUUGUCGACUUGCUCAGUCACCAGAACAUCAAAAAACUUUUCAAGGUUUUUAUCCGUGUCUAUUCUGGUGAAGAGGGGCAGGAAGAACUCAAGAGAGAUAUUGAGGAACUGAUUGCGAAAAUGCUGUGCUCUAUUAAUGAGAAAGUGCGUACUCAUGGAAUUCUCGGAUUAUUGGUGCAAUUGGAGCAUUCGCUAACUGAGAAAAAUGCGGAUAGAGAGGAAGUUUUGAAGGAAACUCUCAAGAAAUUGACACAAUCGACCCGAACAUCCAAUUCGCUCCGCAGUUUAUUCUAUAAACAAAUGGCUAUGAUCAUCAAAAAUUGUUUAAAAACUCCGAAGUCCAAUGUUAUACUUGAUUUUGCUGAAAACCUUUCAACUAAAUUCCGAAAGGAGUUCUUCAUCGAGAGACCGACUGAUUAUGUUGGAUUCAAUGAUUUCGAGUGCGAUAAGUUCAGAAAUGCCCAGAGUACCUUGUGGCUCUCCGCUUCAAGUCAAAAUAUUGUUGAAGUUGUUCCAACAUUUGAAUUGCUCAAGGAAACAUCCCUUUUAAAAAGGUAUUGGAGCAAUGAAGAUGAUAGUCAAGUUGCUGUUACUAACCACUUCUCCUCUUUCUUCUAUGCGUUCGAAGCUAAUAUAGAUCUUUCGGACAUUUCGGACGAUAACCCUGAAGUCCAGAAGAAGUCUGCCGAUAAAAUAUAUCAUACUAUUCAAUGGAUUAGAACUUUGAUGAAUACGUUUGCUGACCAGAAAGAGUUCAUCAAUGUUUCUCCGGAAACUUUAGAAAGUUUAUGGAAACAGAAGUUUUUCCUGAUGUUCUGUUGUCAAAGAGAGCUUUUGACUAAGAUAGAAGCUUUGAAAUGCUGGACAACGCCGUCGGUUCCUGGAGAUUCGGUGUAUAACGUUGUUUUCUCAAUGAAAGCUAACAGAAAGAGAGGAAUGAAGAGAAAAGAUAAUGGAUCUAAGGUUUCUAAAAGUAAUGAUACCAUGAACGGAACGAAAAUGGAGAUGAAUGAAGAUGUUGAGGAUGACGAAAACUUAAGUUCUAGUCCGACAGUGAAUGAGAAUAUGGACACAGUUACCGCAACUGCUUUUCUGAAGAACUUGAAACCAUUGAAGUUAUCUUCUGUUGUUCGUCUAAUCCAGUACAUCAACCAAAAACGAAAAGCUACCACUUUUAUUAUGCACGAGUUACUUAGCAUAUUCUCUAAAGUACUACCUAAAAAGGAUGUGAAAGCAUCUCCUUGGGGUCCUAAGACGGAUAGCAAUGAAAAUGAUAACUUCCAUGGAGAUUGUAAUCAAAUAUUCUCUUUGAUUAUUGAGGCUACUCCCACUCUUUGGAACAUUUUCAACACGGCAAACGUUUUCUUCCGUAUUGAUCUUGACACUUCAAACGUGUAUGAUCAGGAUAAAAACGUUUUCGCUGAGAUGGUCCAGCUACUGCAAACUGUCUUGGAAACUUUCUCAAGUAUUUUAGCCUGGAGAGAAAUAUCUCAAAAGAGAUCUGAUUCGGAGAGAAUCCAACGUUCAAGAACCAAACGUAGACAUACGCUGAUGAAGAAACUGGAGCACUCCAUCCUCAGUGCGAAUAACGAGCAAGUUGAAGGGGAUGAAGCUGAACUAACAGUCCUGACUUCUUUCAUUAGUUUUGCCAAAUCUGCACCGAGUAUAGAAGUUGCUGUCUUGUUACUCGAUAUUAUGGAUUUACUCAACUCCUGGACUCCAGAAUUAAAAAAGAAAACAGCUCGCCACGCCUUGGAUUAUUUGAUACAAGAAUGGAGUGAUUCUGAUAGAAAAGCUCUUAAAGGAGCAGCACUGGUGAAUCCAGUGAAAUCCAUUCUCAGUCAUUACAUCAACCUUCGACCGGUGAAAGAAAGAUUGACUUGCAUACAAUGGCUUAUUGUAAAUAAAGUUGCUGAGCUGCUUCCUGAUUCGGAACGUCGCAAGAGCAAGAUGAACUCAUACGAAGAUUCUGCAGAUCCUAUUUUAAAUGAUGUAGAUAAGAAUACUCCGUUCUUCUGCUUCAACAAGUCUACACUUUAUGGGAUUUACAAAGUUCUUUUCUCCCUUUUGAACGCAACCGUAUCUUGUUAUAUGUUGUCUUCGAGAUCGGACGACGUCAGGAUGGGUAUCUCAACUCCCAAACAGGUUGUUGCCGAGUGGCAGCAUGCCGCCAACUCUUUCUGUUUAUUGGGAUUGAUUCUUCGCGUCAAAUCUGUAAGAAACGCUCCGAUUCUAACAGCAGCAGUGAAGGAAGGGCGUCAGUUUCUGAAUCUCAUCUUUCAUAAGAACAGUAGCUUCAUUUGCCUCACACAAGAUAAAGUCCGAGCUAGAUCGAUAGCUUCUGAUCUUGGCGCAGUGAUCAAGAGUGUUCAAAUUGGAAAUCGAACGCUUCAAAAUAUUGGUGUCUAUGCUAAGACGAUCAAGUCUGUAACUCUGCUCAAAGGUUUACCUGAUCUCCGUACAGCAAAUGAAAUGUUCAUGAGAACGGUUCAAAAAGUAUUUGUUGAUAUCGAAUGUCAUGCAGCUUUUGAAAUUGGAUUGUUACGAAGCAGAAAUAUUGACGGUGAAGAGAUUGUUAACCAAGAGGAGGAAGAAAGAGAGUCAUCAGGAUCACCCACAGUAAAUAAUACAAAUGAUGAGUCUACCGAAAACGAAAGAGAAAUGAGUCCUAAAUUAUCAGGGGUUAUGAAAUUAGGAAAUCCCAUCGCACUAAUUCGUCAUUAUUUCAAAAAUCUAGUCACAUUAUGUAGAAAUCCAACUAGCAUUUGGUUUCUACUUACCAUUUUGAUGCACAUAGCUUGUGCAUUUGUGCUAUCUAUUAUAUUUCCACUUGUAGUUAGACACUUAACACUCCCAUCCUCAAUACAAAGGGAUGAGUCACUUAACGUAGUGUUCUCACCCUGCGCAAAAGAGUUGCAUGGAGUCUGCUCACAUCCAUCAGCUUCGCUUGACGUUCAAAAAGUUUCCUUGUUCUCCCCUGGAAUAACAUAUUCCAUUUCGGUUCGCUUAAAUUUUGUUGAUCUCGAAGCCAAUCAGAAGAUGGGCCUCUUCCAGAAUCAUCUAGCUAUUUAUGACGAAAAUAAUAAUCUUUUGAAUGAGUGGUUGAAGACGUCUCAUGUUAAACAACCAGGAAUUCUAACAAAAAUGAUUUGGCUAGCCUUCUUCCCUCUCUACCUCACAGGAUUCUUCCACGAUUAUCAUACCGUUGAGAUUUUCUUUUCUGAUGAUUUCUUCGUUUCUCAUAACGCUUUACCGUCCAAGCUUGUGUAUACUCUUCAAGAUCGUUUUGCUCAGGUUGAAAGCGCCUCUUUGCUGACGAAUGCUCGAUUUGGCUUGUUAAGAAGUUUUCUUUAUCAUUGGCCUCUUUCUUCAUUCUUCUUCUUGUUUAUUGUUAGCUUAUCUGUUUGUAUAUUUUUCAUACUGAUAUACUGGGGUAGACGAGUUUAUGUAUCUCAACAAAGCGAACCGGCGAAUAACGAAGAUGAACCCCCAAAGGCAAACUCAAACGAAACUGUCGAAACAUCAAAAAAUAGGUUUUUUGAUGAUGUGUAUGUUCCGGAUAAUGUAGACGAAGUGCCUGAGUGUCCGACAUUUGAAAACUUUCCUUGUUGGAAUGAUACUACCACAAAGGAGAUUGUAGAUAUUGAGCCUGAGGUUCAAACUCAAAUUAGGAAACGAAAGCCUAUUUAG